AAAUAAAUAAGUACCUUCCAGUCUGGGCAGGUACUCUGAACAGGAAAAAAAAAAAAAAUUUCUGCUAUCUUGUUUAUUCUCUUAAACACUAUUGAAGUAUAUAAAAUUAUAUCCAAAGUAUCUGAGUGCUAUAUUAAAUUGAAACUAGGAAAUGCCUCCUCUUGUCUUUCCUUGUGUCUGUGUAACCCAAAUCAGUGUAGCCUCUCCACAGAUACUCACAUGGGUUAAUGAUUAAGAGAAAGUGUAUGAAUAAAAGAAUAAGUGAUUUUAAAAAACCUGGAAGAGAUUGUGAGGUUGGCAUGGUGAAUAGUUUGUGUACUGCUCUUCUAAAAAAAGAAACCUACCAAACUACAUAAAAUAUUUUACUGUCUGUCUUAGUCAUGGUUUCUAUUCCUGCACAAACAUCAUGACCAAGAAGCAAGUUGAGGAGGAAAGGGUUUAUUCAGCUUACACUUCCAUACUGCUGUUCAUCACCAAGGAAGUCAGGACUGGAACUCAAACAGGUCAGGAAGCAGGAGCUGAGCAGAGGCCAUGGAGGGAUGUUCUUUACUGGCUUGCUUCCCUGCUCUCUUAUAGAACUGAGACUACCAGCCCAGAGAUGGUCCCACCCACAAGGGGCCUUUCCCCCUUGAUCACUAAUUGAGAAAAUGCAGUUGGAUCUCAUGGAGACAUUUCCUCAACUAAAGCUUCUCUGUGAUAACUCCAGCUGUGUCAAGUUGACACAAAACUAGCCAGUACAGUUGACCCCUUGUCAACUUGACACCCAAGCACAUCACUAGUAAGCCUCAACUCUUACAUUCUUAUUCAUCCCCAAGUUCUAAACUUUAAAAGUCCCACAGUCUUUACAUAUUCUUAAAAUUUCAAUCUCUUUAAAAUAUCCAUCUCUUUUAAAACCCAAAGUCUUUUUACAAUUAAAAGUUUCUUAACUGUGGGCUCCACUAAAAUAGUUUCUUCCUUCAAGAGGGAAAAAUAUCAGGGCACAGUCACUAUCAAAAGCAAAAAUCAAUCUCCAACCGUCCAAUGUCUGGGAUCCAACUCACGAUCUUCUGGGCUCCUCCAAGGGCUUGGGUCACUUCUCCAGCCAGGCCCUUUGUAGCACACGUGUCAUCCUCUAGGAUCCAGAUACCUGUACUCCACUGCUGCUGCUGCUCUUGGUGGUCAUCUCAUGGUACUGGCAUCUCCAAAACACUGCAUGACCCCUUCAGUCCUGGGCCGUCAAUUGCAACUGAGACUGCACCUUCACCAAUGGCCUUCCAUGGCCUCUCACAGUGCUGAGCCUCAGCUGCUCUGUGUGACCCCUUCAUGCCUUCAAAGCCAGUACCACCUGGGUGACCCUUACACAUUACCAAGUCCCGCUGCAGCAGGAGUACAACCUUGGCUAUCUCUGGAACACAGCCUCUUUGUGCUUUCAGAAAACACUUCCCAGAAGAUGUCACCUCAAUGAUGCUGGUCUCUUCUUAAUCACCGCUAAUUUCUUAGCUCCAGCUAACCAGCAUCAAUAGUCCCAGUAAUGCAAAGGUUUUGCUUCAGUAGUUCUGGUAUCUUGUUAAUCACAGCUGAUUCUUCAGCCCCAGCUAACCAGAACCACAGAAUAAUCAAACUCCAAAAUAGCAAUGGCCCUGAAAAGAGUCUUUAAUUCUCCCUCUGAAAUUUCACAAGCCAGACCUCCAUCUUCUGCACUGUUCUCAACAUUAUCUUCCAAGCUCCUACACGACAUCUGACAGAGCUCUUAACAACAAAUGGAUCUUCUAGCCCAAAGUUCCAAAGUCCUUCCACUGUCCUCCCCAAAACAUGGUCAGGAUGUCACAGGAAUACCCCACUAUGCUGGUACCAAUUUGUCUUAGUCAGGGUUUCUAUUCCUGCACAAACAUCAUGACCAAGAAACAACUUGGGGAGGAAAGGGUUUAUUCAGCUUACACUUCCAUACUGUUUAUCACCAAAGGAAGUCAGGACUGGAACUCAAGCAGGUGAGAAAGCAGGAGCUUAGCAGAGACCAUGAAGCGAUGUUCUUUACUGGCUUGCUUCCCCUGGCUUGCUCAGCCUGCUCUCUUAUAGAACCGAGACUACCAGCCCAGAGAUGGUCCCACCCACAAGGGGCCUUUCCCCCUUGAUCACUAAUUGAGAAAAUGCCUUACAGCUGAAUCUCAUGGAGGCAUUUCCUCAACUGAAGCUUUCUUUCUCUGUGAUAACUCCAGCUGUGUCAAGUUGACACAAAACUAGCCAGUACAUCUGCUUUCAUCCAUUUGUCUGCAAUUUUAUUAUGUAAUUUUGUUUAUGACUGAAUAAUACUCUUAUUGCAUAAAUAUAUCACACUUUUCUUUAUCCAUUCUUCUGUGAAGAGACAUCUAAAUUGUUUCCAGUUUGUGGCAAUUAUGAGUAAAGAAGCAAUGACCAUACUUGAGUAGUUGUCUUUGUAUUUCAAUGAAGCAUCCUUUGGGUAUAUGCUUAAGAGUGUAGCAUAGGUCUUCAAGUAGAUCGAUUCCCAUCUUCUUGAGGAACUAACACACUGAUUUCCGUAGUCUAUGUACAAGUUUGGGAACCCAGUCAUAAAGAUUGAUGCUGGAACCACAGUCUGGCUAGGUCUGACGUAGGGAAAGGUGUAACUGGAUGCCCCUGAUGUUACCUGAGUCUGUCAGGAAAGAACCUGGUGGACUGGGUAGGCCUAGCAUGCUUUCCCCUAGGGAAAAGAAGCCCAGGAUUCAGAAAUGCCAGCAGAUGGGUCCAUUGAUAAUGGAUGAGACCUCAGCCAUUCUGACAGUUGUAAGAUGAAAUCUCGAAGUAGUUUUAAUUUUCUUUUCCAUGAUGGCUAAGGAUGUUAACCAUUUCUUUUAAAUUUUCUCAGCUGAGUUUCCUCUUAAAAAACCAGUUUAGAUUUGUACCAUGUUUUCAUUUUUUCUCUUCUUCUUCUUCUUCUUCUUCUUCUUCUUCUUCUUCUUCUUCUUCUUCUUUUUCUUUCUCUUCUUCUUCUUCUUUCUUCUUCUUUCUUCUUUCUUCUUUCUUCUUUCUUCUUCUUCGUUUUGUAAUUAAAAGUAGAUUCUUUUCUCAUAAUCUAUCCCAAUUAUAGUUUCCCCUCCUUCCACAUGUCCUAGCUUCCUUCCCAGGGGAGCCUCUGCCCCAUAUCUAUUUUGCUUCUGUUUCUUUUUCAGAAAAGAGCAGGCCUCCAAGUGUCAACAAUCAAACAAGACAAAACAAGAUAUAAUAAGUCAAAGGAAAAGUCCUUCAAGGCUAAACAGGACAACUUAAUAGAAGGAAAAUAGUACCAAGAACAUGCAAAAGAGUCAAAGAUAUACCUGCUCCCACUGUUAGGAGUCUCACAAAAGCACUAAGUUAACAGCCAUAACAUGUAUGCAGAAGAUUUGCUAAAUUAUUCAAGUUUGUGGGAUACUAUAUGAAUCUUAAGACUGUAAUAAGGUGGCAAUGUCUCGGGAACCUACUCCACCUCUGCCUGGAGAUAUGUCUACUAGUCCUGUUGCAGAAAGCUGGUGUUACACACAGGUUAAAGUAGUGAAAUUUUCCUACAUGUGGACUAUUAAUAACUUCAGUUUUUGUAGAGAAGAAAUGGGUGAAGUGUUAAAGAGUUCAACGUUUUCUUCAGGCCCAAAUGAUAAAAUGAAAUGGUGCCUGAGGGUAAACCCAAAGGGAUUAGAUGACGAAAGUAAAGACUAUUUGUCCUUAUAUUUGCUCCUAGUCAGCUGCCCAAAAAGUGAGGUUCGAGCUAAAUUCAAAUUCUCUCUUCUCAAUGAUAAAAGGGAAGAAACAAAAGCAAUGGAAAGCCAAAGAGCAUAUCGAUUUGUACAGGGGAAGGACUGGGGAUUUAAAAAAUUCAUUAGAAGGGAUUUUUUGCUUGAUGAAGCUAAUGGUCUCCUUCCAGAUGACAAGCUUACGUUAUUCUGUGAGCAUCUCCAACACUGCUUGCAGAAGAGGUGGAAGCAUUGCACUGCCCUCCCUAAAGAACUGGCACCUCCCCCUCCACUGCAAGUGGUGCUGUAGACAGGUGAGUGUGGUCCAAGAUUCAGUAAAUGUAUCAGGACACACUAGUACAAACACUUUGAAGGUGCCAGAAUGUCGACUAGCAGAAGAUUUAGGUAAUCUCUGGGAAAACACAAGAUUUACAGAUUGCUGCUUUUUUGUGAGAGGAAAAGAAUUCAAAGCUCAUAAGUCUGUGCUUGCAGCUCGAUCCCCAGUUUUUAAUGCAAUGUUUGAACAUGAAAUGGAAGAAUGCACAAAGAAUCGAGUGGAAAUAAAUGAUUUAGACCCUGAGGUAUUUAAAGAAAUGAUGAGAUUUGUUUACACAGGAAAAGCACCAAAUCUUGAUAAAAUGGCUGACAACUUGUUGGCAGCUGCAGACAAAUAUGCACUGGAACGGCUGAAGGUCAUGUGUGAAGAAGCUUUGUGUAGUAACCUCUCAGUAGAAAAUGUUGCUGAUACCCUUGUCCUUGCAGAUUUGCACAGUGCAGAACAGUUGAAAGCCCAGGCAAUAGACUUUAUUAAUAGGUGCAGUGUUCUUCGACAACUUGGGUGUAAGGAUGGGAAAAACUGGAACAACAACCAAGCAACUGACAUAAUGGAAACAUCGGGGUGGAAGUCCAUGAUUCAGUCUCAUCCCCAUUUAGUGGCAGAAGCGUUCCGAGCACUAGCAUCUUCACAGUGUCCACAGUUUGGUAUUCCACGCAAAAGGUUAAAGCAGUCUUGAGUCUUGUGUGGACAGUAGGAAAUGCAUUUGCCUUUCCUCCCCAGGUCCCGAAGGAUUCCAAUACAAACCAUAAGUAACAGCCGCUUCUGUCUCUCGUCCACGGACAGAAGCUGGAAAGGCAUUGCUUGCUUUCACAUGGAUAAUUCAUGGUUUAUACUUCAGCUUUAAAUCUGACUGAUUGAUUCACUUCAAGGCCUUAAAUUGUCUUCAGUGACUUCUCUUGUUCAUAGAAUAGUUUAAUUUUUUUUAUUGUGCCUUGUCAGUUUGCCAAGGCUCUGCAGGAUUGCACUAGCUCCACAAUGCAGUAAUAUUGAUAACUGAUAAUACUGAGUUUCAAAGGAUCUUCCAUUAUUUUAGAAACAAAAGUAUUUUAUAGGUUUUGUUCUGUAUGAUCUCCAAGUAUAAAACUAGGUUCUAUUGGAUUUUGAGAUUGCCACAGGCAUGUCCAAUCUCAGUUGUGUAGACACUAAAGAGCCCGUUGCCAUCCAGGUAAGUGAUGGCCAUACACUGCUCUGGUUUAAGUUAUUUUUCAUUUCAAGGAGCAGAUAAGCAAUGAGUUGACCUAAAAUCUUAGUAAUAUUUGUUUAGUAAUAUGUGUUUGUCUGUAUAUUAACUGCUCAAGAACUGGUUUUAUGCACAUUUGUAAAGAUUGAAAAAUAAUAUGAAGUUAAGAUUUCAAUAAAAAGAAAGCAUGGUUUUUGUUAAUGUUUUAAAUUUAUAAUGACUUACAUUUGAAAGAAAAAUUCAAUAGAUGUUAAAGUCAGGAUGACCAAGUACAUGUAAUGAAUGAGUGGGCCGAUUAAGCAAGAUAUAUGUGCACUUUUAAUGUGGAAAUUUUCUAUGAUAAAUGGUACAUAUAUAUUUUCCUUUUUCGUGGAUUAAUAAGAUUUAAAUUAUGUUUUAACAUUUAAAAGAAGUUUUUAUGACACAUGGAGCCAAUUUGGAUAUUCAUGAUAAUAGAUAAAAUUACACUUGAUUUUAGAUUCAUUGACUUGGAUUUCAAAUAUUUAUCAUUGAGUUUAUUAUAGUUUUAUUACAUUUGGGGAAGGCACCUAACAAAUUAGUCCUAUAUAGUCCUAUUCUCUACAUAAAGACGGAGCAUGUUAGUGGAAAAACGGGUGUAUAUGCUUGUAUUUUGCGAAUAUAGCUUUAUUCCCUGUAUUAAAAUUUGUGUAAUUUGUUUAUUAUAAAAUUCAGGAAAAAAAGUAAGCAUUUUUUGGGGUUUAUGCAACUUUAUUGAAAAAUAAAUCAAUUACUAGGAGAGCUAUUAGUUGAUCACUCAUCUAUUGACAACUCUCAUCAUUUAUCCAGUGCUAUAUUAAACAGUAUUGGAAGAUAGAUUAACAAUUUAAAUGAAAAUAUCAAAAUGUUUUGAGACCCUAUUUUGGGAUACAAAGAGUGUUUGACUUCCAAUUUCCAUUCUCGGUAGAACAAGAACAGAUCAUUUCCUUUAUUGACAUGCAUAAAAUACAUCACAUUUUCUGUUCUGCUGAUGCUAUAAUUCAAUACCAAUUCUCCAGCCACAUCAGUUAUGAGCAUAAAGUAUAUCAUGUAACCUCAAACCUCUAACAGUGGAAGGUUUAAACAAGAACGGAUGCUGCUAGAAUAAUGCUGCUUCCUUUGAUGUGACAGCUGAGCAUCCAUCUCCCUCCCCCUCAGAUGGCUUCUUCAACAUGUUAGAGCAAUGAGGACUGGUUUGGUCUAAUAACCAAGUUAGAGUGAAGACAUUGGCCACAUAAUACACAUACUCCAGUUUUUUUUAAAAAAUUCUGAAUCUUGGGCAACUGUUCUCGUGUAACUACUUCAGUUUCUAAAAGCAGUUAUUGUCCAAAGCUGGAAGAACUUAAGUCUUCUCAGAUGAGCAUGUGAAUGAAUGGAGGGAGGUAAACAAAAAAUAAAAUUAAAAAAGAUGAGGUCUGAUAGGGGAGCAGCCGGAAAAUCAAAAAAGGGCCAGUAAUUUAAAGUUUAUUCCAGCUAUAAUGCAGGUUAUUCUGACUGUAAGGUAGCGUCACAUGGCAUACUUCUGAGUCCGUUCCCGAGAUCUUCUGUUGUAUCCAUCGCUGUCUGUUUUAUAGAUCCGUGCAAUCUCUGGCACUAGGGGGUCAUAUGGGUCUGGGUCACAUAGCAGUGAACAAAUGGAUAAAAGAGCCUUAGAAAUAGUUACAGCAGGAGACCACUGUGAUCUUAGAAUAUCAAGACAAAUGCUGCCGUUACUGUUAAUAUUUGGAUGAUAAAUUCUUGUUGGAAAUGCAACCUUAGGUGGUUUGAAGGGGUGGGUAGUCUGUAGGAAAAUGAAUUGUCAAAAAGAAUACACCACCUUGAUAUGGGCUGUCAUUAGGUCCCAUAAUUGUGGCUUGCAAAUGAAACAUGUCAUCUCCAACUGGACCUGCAGAACAUUGUGCUGGAGGGUCACGGGCCAAAUCACUAAGUUCCUUAUUAAUCCGUUUCAGCGCCAUAGUCUGUGCUUUUCGCCGGGCUCCUCACUAUCCCGAGGUGUACUCAAAGGUCCGGCCAAAACUCUUGAUUAUCCCGGCGGCGGGGAAGGGUUGUCUCUUCUUCUCACACCGGCUCUGGCAGACACAGGCGCUUGGGAUGGAGGGGCCGAUCUCACGAGAACCUCGUGGCCGGCUCGCCAGAGCUCCGGGUCUGCAAUGACUUAAGGGCAGUUUUGUGCUCUCUUCCUGGUUCCGGACCCGCCAGCAUAUUGUUUUAAAAUAGACUUUUUAACUAUAGCUUUUUAGUUAACUGAAGCCAUCUUAAAGUACAUUGAGAAAAUGCUGUCAAAUAACCGUUAGUUAUCAAGAGAAAACGAGCAAAGAUUGUAUUUUUAAAUAUUUCAGUUUUGAUUCUUUGCUGUGUUAAAAUGGUAAGAAUUAUUUGGAAUAGAAGAAAAUUUUUCAACUGACAAUGGACUUUACCCUAUAUAAGAGAAUUAUGAUGAGCAAAAGUUUAUUCCCUUAAUUUCAUCAUAAUACAAACCCUGUUACAUUAACAGUGUAAACUUUUAAACACACAAAUACACUUUUAAUACAAGAUAUUUUCAUGGUCUAACAAAAAGCAAAGAUUCCGCUCCGGGUUGAAUACAUUGUCACAUUGUUAUAAGAACUCUGAAGUCAAUGUCCAACACAUUGUAAAUUGAUUUAUUGGUUUGGUCUAUAUUUCUAACCAUGGUGAAAUCAGUAGUAAUGCCAUAUAAUAAGCAUUAUAAAUGUUUAUUAAUAAUGUUCAAAAUUUUCUUAUACAGAUUUUUGGUUUUAGUUUGCUAACAUAUAUUCUACCAAAAAUUUCCAACACUGUGAUCUCUAUCAGUGUUUUGCUGAAUGCCCACUUUUUGGAUGGUACAAUACCAACCAUUACACUCACAGAAUCAUACAAUCUUUUCUGUUGUUGUUUUUUUUUUAAUGUAUAUUUUAGUAGUUUUGGUUCUUGAGUGUGUGAUAAAAGACUGUUUAUUUUCUUCUUGGAGUGGCCUAAUUGCAUUUUCCCCAUUCACUCAUUUUUAAACUAUAUUCAACUUGGUCAAAAUAGGUACUAUUUCUGCCUAAUACAAUCUUUUUUGUUUUAAGUUACCAGUUUGCGCCUAUUACAUUUUAGUCACCUAAUCAAGGCUUUUCUCAGAACACAAUGAGUUGUUUUAAAUAUUACAGUUUAAAAAUGUAUCUAUUGGAAAACUGUUAUUUAGAGUAAGAUUUAGAAAUACUGUAUUUGUGCCUUUUUCAUUGUUUUGCUUUUUAAUGUGUUUUGAUAUUUGGAGCACAAAUAUGAAGGUGCCAUAAGAUGGCUUGCUAAUGUUACCUCCUUAAAUACUUUCUAUAUUACUAUCUUCAAAUAAUAAUUGAAGAACCUUGAAUGAAAUGUGGUCCUUUGUGUGAGACAUGUAUGUGUUUAUAUUUUUUUGGGCUGUGUGUAAUGUUUAAAGAGUGAAUUUAUGAAAAUAGAACUUAAAUAUGCUGAAAGUUCAGAUUAAUUGAAGUAUCUCAUUUAAGUGAGCUUUAUUUGAAAAGACAGUGGAUUGCCAGAAGACAGUGUAAUCCUCAAAAAUGUGACCAGCAUUCUGCAUUAUAAAAUAGAAAAAUAGUGCUGUUUUAGGAUAUCAAGGAUAAUUAAAUUUUAAAAAUAAUUGCUUUAAAUAUUUUUAAAGUAUCAUGAACAUUAUUGUUUUAUUUUUUAACUCGAUCUAAUUGAGUUUAAAUUUUCAGAAAUAUUCAUUUGCUCAUUUAAACUUUAUACAUGAACUUUAAGUAGAAGUUUUUAUAUGAAAUUAUAGGUAAGAGCUUCAAGUAUGGCUCAGUAAUAGAAUGCUUAUGAAUAUUUGUGAUCUAUAGGUUGGAUCCAUAGCAACACCAACACACAAAAAAUGGGAUCAUAGAUACUAUUCAUUGUUAGAAAAAUGCAACAGAGACUUGGGUAAGUUUUGUGAAAACCUCACUCAGCAGUUUUACCACAUGUAGCGGUGAAACAAUCUGUCUUACACAUGCCUAGUCCGUGGUGGUUACAUGGAGAUAUUUGCUGUGGUGGGAGAGGUGGGUGAAUGGGUGACGGGCUUUCAGUGUUCUCAGAAAAUAAACACAGCACUUUCAGCAUACAGGAGAGUAUUUUACAAACCUUUUUAUAUACAGAUUGUGAGCUCCAACUUGAGUGUUCAUGGAAUGAUAAAAAUGUUGGCUAUUUCUAACUGAAAAAAAUACUGAGUGCCUCCAAUGCAAGACUUCUUUGCUAGGAAUGAAAUCACGCUGUAUUUUCUGUUAUUAUUGUGUAUAAAUUUAUGUCUGAGAAGGAAUACUUAUUUUUAAAUAUUUUCCUGUUAGUAAAGUUUAUUAUAUACUAUAACUAGUUAAUUUAACAUUACUUACAGAUGAGUUGAGUCCAUUUUUCAAAAUAAAGUUCUGCUAAAAUUAUUUAAUUAUUAGUUCAGAAGGAAAUUGACUUUUAAGACUCAGACUCAUACUCAGACCUUUAACAUUUAAUCUUCCUGGCCUUUCUUUAAUCCAUUUGUUGUUUUAUGAUGAGAUUCACACUAUUUGUAUCAUUGUUGGAAAUAGAUUUUGUGUUUCAGCACGUUGAGUUAAAAUAAAAUUGUUAGUACUUAUUCAGAAUUAAUUUUCUUGCUUGGAUUUAUUUGCAUCUGCUCUAAAAUGUCUGCUUUAGUGUGCUGCUUUAACAUGAAAAUUUAAAUUUCACAUGCAAAGUACCUUUUACAUAGGAAAGCUUAUAGUUCUUACAGUUUAAAAUAUUGUUGCUAUUAAAAUGCAGACACAGUCAGGAUAUCCCUAAACAAGCUUACUAAAAAUAACAAAGUGCUUAGUAGUUGUAGCCUUGAUGUCAGGUAGGAGGACACCAUGAGAAACCUUCUAUGUACCCAAUACAUGCCCUAAAUUCUUAUUAGGAUUGUAAAAUAGAGGGUUUUUUUUUUCCAUGUAAGUGUAAUGAAAUGAUGUAGAAAAGUUGUAAUCAGACCCAAAAAUAAUUUUAAAACACCCUUUUAUUCCUGCACGGCAGCAUUUAGCCUGAUUGAGCGUGCUCAGAUGAAUGUUCUGUUCUGUUACCUCAGAGUACUUCUAAAGGACUUAGAAUAGGAAUAUGAAUUUCUUCAUACUUUAAAAUAUUUUUGAGAUUAUAUUAUUAUAACAUACAGCCCUUCUGUUUCAUCACUCAAAACCCUCCAUCCUGUUUUUCAAAUUCAUAACCUUUUUCAUUAAUUGUUGUUGUAUAUAUGUGUGCCAGGGUGGAAGUGGGGGGUUUCAAAAAUACAUAAAUAAGGCCUACUUAGCCUGUAUGAUGUUACUUCUCUCUAUAUGUUUUCAGGUGCGACCAUUGAGAAUGUUCUUCCUGGUGCAAGACCAUUUUUCCUGCUGGUAGAAUUGCUUUAGGUCUAGUAGAUUUUUUAUGUUUGCAUUCAGGCCUUCUGGAUUCCACCCCUACCCUCACCUCUCCCAUCCUCAGCCGCAGCAUUAACAUGUCUAUUGUUGAUUGUUGUUCAGCUCUUCCCUAGGCAGUCUUGUUGAGACUUGGACUUCUGACAUUCCUAGGAUUCUUAAAGCAAACUCUCUGGUCCUCUGGCUCUUAAAAUCCUUCCUUCUGCUCCCUCUUUACCAGUGAUUCUUGAGUCUCGGGUGCUAUUGUACAUGUAUUUCUUGGGACUAGACUCUAAAAUUCUGCAUUUUGAUUGGCUAUGGUUUGUGGUAACAGUCUGUAAGUCUGUUUCAAAGAGGACUUUACUUGACUUUGGGUGAAGAUUAUGCUCAUAUGUGGGUCUAAGAACUAAUGUUUAGAGAGUAGGUGGGGAUUCUGUUUUGUAGAAUGAUGGUUGAAGAUUCUCCUCCAAGAUCCAUGUCACUAUCCUUGAGUAGUUGUUAGGUUUCCAAUAUCAUUAUUUUCCUCUUGUUGAGUGGGUCUUCAGUCCAAGUUAGAGAGCUGUUCAUUAUUGGCCGGUUAUAUGUGCCAGUACUGCACUUCUCAGGUUAUACUGCAUGCUGAUUAUCAUUGUGGUUCAUUGGCAUUAUAGCAACUGCUCAAGCUUCUCAAAGCUUGUAUGGCUUUUUCUAAUAGCGUGAAAAGCUAGUCUUCAGGGAGGAGGCAUUCAUUUAAGUCAGUUCCAGCUCAGGGUCUUCUGGGCCCUCUGUCUGAAGUACAUGGGUCUAGAGCAAUAGAGACUUAACUUCCAACUCUGGAGGACAACCAAAGACUAUAGGAAUUAGUAGGCUAUAAAAAUGUAUAUGAAAAGGCACCAUACACCUCCAUUUGUCUCCAUUUAAUGAUCAGGCCUGAUUUCCAAAAGGCUGUAAGGGACCAACUUCAGGAAUAGCCAUAAGUCCCCGAAACUGAAUCAUAAGACACCAGCUGUAGAAAUAAGACAAUAAAGUAUACCACCUGAGGAACAGCCUGAAGCCAGGAGCUAGUCUCUGUUGCUUACUUAGCACCUCAUAGUAAAACAGAAGGAGAUUAAGUAGCCUUUGUUCUGUCUGGGCUGUAACUCCCAUACUUGCUAGUUGAAGUUGCAAGAAGAAAAAGAGACACAUUGAAAAGUGAUUUUAGCCUUUAUUUCUAUAUUCUAAAAAAUUGACCACAACUUUACACAUAAACUCAAUUAUAAAUCGAAUAAGAAGUUUACAUCAAGGGGAGCAUGGUGUGGGAGAAUAUAGGGGACUUUCAGGAUAGCAUUUGAAAUGUAAAUGAAGAAAAUAAUCUAAUAAAUUUUUUUUAAAGUUUACAUCAGAAUGUUUACAUGCAUACCCAUUAAGAGUAAUUAUCUGGCUAAACAUUUAUCAUUUGUCACUAACUUUACAGGAUCAUGGAGAGUUAAAAACCACAGCUAAGUUAUCCUUGAAGUUUUGUAUAGAUAAACCCAGUCAAUAUUUUAUCUUCUGUCCUUGCACCUAUAGUAAACUCUUAGUUUUUUUUUUAAUGACCUUUGGUUAAUGAUUUGACAACUUCUUGGAGUAUGCUCUAAGUUGUAGAUGUCUGCUUGUUGUCUCAGAAACAGUUAACUCAUGAUACUUGAGUGGUAGAGUUCUCAGUGCAGUCUAGACAUUAGAGGAGUAUGAAUAGCAGUUCUAUUACUAAAGAGGUCUGAGUGUCUUUGUCUGGGUCGAUAUUUUGAAACAUUGGUGACCCAUGCAUUGAGAGACCCACAAUGUGAGGACUCCCCCAUGUUCUGACUCAGGAGAGGCAAUACCCCAAACCUCUCACGAGACAAGGUCUUGAUGCAAGCCGCAAGAGGACUUUUAUUCCAGGCAUACUCUGGAGCCCACAGUUGCACACCACAUAGGGGUAGAGGACCAUGUGGGCCCCGAGUAGCUGGGAGAGGGAAUAUUUAAAGGAAAAAACCACACCCAAGGGGGUAAGGAAGGUGUUAUUGGAAAAUACUGAGAAUACCAGUGAAAAAUUACAAGGGGGUACUAAAAAUCACAAGUGGAGACUCCCUGCUUCUCAAGAUUGUUCUCAAGAUUUUAACUUUUGUGGUCGGCCAGGUCCUAGAACAGGGUCACUGAACCGGCUUGUGUGAUUACCUGUUCUGUGCUCAGCCAGUUCUUGGAACAGGCUGCUUCAGGGACCAACUAUUUUUCUUUCUUGACUCCAACUCGGUCUAGGGGACCAAACUUAAAUUUUCUACCUUACAGCAUCCUAGUUGUUUCUGCAGAAUAAAUGCUCUUUAUUCUUGCAUACUAUUGAGUCUGGGUCUUUCUUAAGUGAUUGUUGAACCUUAACAUAUAUGUUAUAAUGACAGUAGUAGUUCUCAACCUGUGGAUUACAAUCCCUUUGGACCCUUUCACAAGGGCCAUCCAAGACCAUCAGAAAAUAGAGAUUAUGAUUCAUAACAGUACCAAAACUACAGUUAUGAAAUAGCAAUGAAAUAUAUAUGAUUGGGGAUCACCAGAACAUGAGGAACUACAUUAAAGGGUCACAGCAUUAGGAAGGUUGAGAAACACUGUAUUACAGUGUUUGGGGAGUCUCUUUGAAAACACUGGUGAGCAUCAGAAAAGAGCACUUCUCAUAGUUGGUGUUAAGGUUUUUGUUAGAGGGUUUUUGGCUUUUGGAACAGAUGGGAAAUUUUCACUUGAAAUUUAAAUGUGUGUUUAUAUACUGGGUAACAUUUAUUUUUAGUAGUUAAUAAUAUGUGAUAGGUAUUCUCUGCAGAUGAAGUGAGCCAAUCCAAGCCAAAUUAAAAUAUGUAAAGGCAAGUUUAUUGGGAAGCCAUUCUUGGGCAGGUUCACUGGUCUCAAAGGAAUAUGGCCGGGGAAGUCACCAUGGGGAGGAAGAUAGAGUAGAGCGGGGAGAGAAAAAGAGAAAGCAUACACAGCAUGGAGAGAGAAUAUGCAGAGAGAGACAGAGGAGAGAGGGCAGAAGCCAAUAUGUCUGAAUUUAGAUUGAAGAACCCCUGGAGGAUAGGAAGCCUGGCCCCAGAUCUGGAAAGUUCAGGAGAGAGGCCAGAGUAUUCUAGCCAUGACCCAUAACAAGUAGGGGCUGAGGGAUCCUGGGAGAACCUGGAGGCCAGAUCCUCUUUCGUAUGUAAAAUAUGCAUAUCAGUUCUUUGUCCCUGGUCUGAAUCCCAACAUACUAGCCUUUUGUUGAAAAUAAAUGAAUAAGGGGCUACUUAAUCAUCUAUGACUACUUCCAGCUGACAUUGGGGUGUCAUUAUGGAAGCUGGGCAAAAGGCUGUAUUGUUGGCUAAGUCUAGGAAGAGCAGGCUGUUUUACUUGCUCACUGGGGUUAUAAGAGCAUCUGGAUGGUCUCCAUGCUGUAGGAGCUGUCCUGGAUCCAGAUUCUGGAGGAAAAUCUGGACCUGGUAGGAUACGGGAAUUAUGUAUAUAUAUAUAUAUAUAUAUGCGGCAGAAAACAUUUAGGCAUUUAGGGGGAAAAACGUUUUCUUAGGUAUACGUUUGGAACUUUUAGACCUAUGGUCUUGGAAGAUUGGCAGGGUAAGACUCAAAAGCAGGGAAUAGGGAAGGAAUUCCCCCCCUUUAUGAGUAGGCAGUUGGGAAAGGAAAAAGCUGUUGAUUGACUAUACUUCUCUGGAGUCCAUUUGAUCUGUGAGAGCUGGAUUUGAAUUCAUUCCCUAAAGCUUACAAGGAUUUUUUUUUUUUUAAGUUUAGGCAAAGAGAUAAAUUUUAAACAGUAUUACCACUGUUUGAAAUCUGUACUGAAAUCCACAUUGUAGAAAAAAGAACAGAAUCGUGCCUUUGUAUCAUAGUAGAAGCUUGGGAAAGAGUUUAAAAUUUGAUUAAUAUUAAAUGUCUGAACUUAGAAAUCUCAAUAAAACAGUAGCAUAAUGAGGGGAAGAAAUCAGAAACAUCACUCUUUUUAUGUACCUUCUAUCAUAUUGUUAUCACCAUUUAAGCUUCAUGACUUCAUAACUUGUAUAACUUUUCUGUUAGUUUUUUGUUUUCAUUUUUCAAAUUUUACUUAUUUAUUAAUUUACUUAUUCACUUUACAUACCACUUACUGGCCUUUUCCUUUCUUCCCUUUCCAUAAUGCUUCCCCAUUUCCCCUCUUCUUCUCCUCAGAGUUGGUGCCCCCUCCCCCUGUGUCUCCCCCAACCCUCACACAUAGAGUCUUUGUGACACAUUCACUUCCAGUGCAGCCAGACAAGGCAAUGCAUGUAGAAGCCACAUACAGGCAGCAGUUUUUGGGAUAGCCCCCAUUCCAGUUGUUCAGGACCCACAUGAAGGUCAAGUUGGACAUCUGCUACAUGUAAAGUCCAGCCAGUAUAUGUUCUUUUUUUUUAAAUUUGGGAUUUUUUUUAUUUUUAUACACAAGACAAGAUUCUACACCAAUAGUCAGUUAAAUAGUACAAAUUUACAUUCAGGAGGAAUGUUAAAAAUUCAACUAAAAAAAACCACUUCUUCCCGUGACCCAUAAUCCCAACAUUUUACAGUGCAGGGGAGAAGGGGGCUUGGGGAAGCAUCCAAAACAAGUCUCUCAAAAGAAAUGACUUCAAAUUUUCACAUUCUUUGACUGAUGGUUCAAUCUUUGAGAGCCCAAGGGUCCCCGUUAUUUCACUCUGUUAAUCUUUCUGUAGAGGUCCUAUCUCUUUAGGUGCCAUAAUCCUUCCUCCUAUUCUUCUGUAAGAGUUUCCAAGCUCCAUCCACUGUUUGGUUGUGGUGUUUGCAUCUGUCAGAGUUGGCUGCUGGAUUAAGCCUCUCAUAAAACGAAUAAUAGUAUUAGGGGUUGGUGCUUGCCCACAGAAUGGAUUUAAGUUGGGCCAGUCAUUGGUUGCCCAUUUCCUCAGUCCCUCCUUGAUUCCCCAUUCCUACAUUUCUUGUAGACAGGAUAAAUAUUGGAUAAAAAGAAUUGUGGUUUGCAUUUCCCUGGCGACUAAGGAUGUUAAAAAUAUUUUUUUACGUGCUUCUCAGCCAUUCAGUAUCCCUCAGUUUAGAAUUCUUUGUUUAGCUCUGUACUCCAUUUUUUAAUAGAGUUAUUUGGUUUUCUGAGUCUUAACUUCUUGAGUUCUUGUGUAUACUAGAUAAUAGCCCUCUAUUGGAUUUAGGAUAGAUAAAGAUCUUUUCCCAAUCACUUGGUUGCCUUUUGGUCUUCUUGACAGUAUCCUUUGCCUUACAGAAGCUAUGCAAUUUUAUGAGGUCCUAUUUGUUAAUUCCUUCUAGUAGUUUCUGUAUGGCUGGAUUUGUGGGUAGAUAUGGUUUAGAUUUGGAUUCUUUUGAAGUGUCUUGUUUUGUCCAUCUAUGGUGAUUGAGGAUUUUCCUCUGUAUAGUAGUCUAGGUUGGCAUCAGUGGUUUGUUUAAAGGUUGCAAGAUAGCUGUCCAUGCCCUACUAGCUUUUAGAGUUUAUAUUGAGACAUUGGGUGUAAUUCUGAUGGGUAUGUUUUUGAAUGUUACCUGCCCUCUUUCCCUUACUCAUUUUAAUAUUCUUUCUUUGUUCUGUAGAUUUUGUGUGUUUUGAUUAUUAUUUGUAUCACAGAGCACAGUUCUCCAUGCUAAUGAGGUAUACCUGGCAUUGUCUGGCAGUCAAGAUUUAGACCCAGUGGUGUCUCCUUUUCUGAAACCCAAAGGCUCAACUCUACAGCUUCCUGCAUAUAAACUUUGGGUCAUAUUGCAGAGGGAAGCCUCAAAUCAAACAUCUUUGAAUCCAAGGCUCCAGAAAACAAAGACCUAAUCUUUGUUACAUAUCUUUGUUUACCUUAACCAACCAGCUCUUGAUAGGGAAUCUUGAGACCUAGAAGUUACAUUUUGUACUCCAUGGUUGCUGGGCCAUGGUUACUCAGUGAGUCCAAAGUUUAUUGCAUCAGGCUGGAGAGAUGAGGCAAAAGAACAGCUUCAUGUAGCUGGACACUCAACACCCCCAGCACUCAUCCCACCCCCAUUUUCAGCACUAAGUAUUCUCUGCCGACAAAAUGAACCAAUUGUAAAUGGCUUGAGAACAUAACCUACAGCAGAAUCCAAGCUGCAUUCACAUACCAGAAAGAACCCCAUGGCUUAUACUUGGCCAGUUAUCCCUUAGCUGCUUCCUAGCAACAGUUAAAGAUUAGUCUGACUGCUUCAGAUGUACUUUUAGACCCUUUGUGAUUGUAUACCGUCUUCCUUCAGAGCGCCCACCUGUCGGCUCACAGUAUUAGAUGUUUGCCAGACUGGACACCCCCUCCCCUACCCCCCUCACUUGCUCCUAUUCCUAUAAAAACUUGUCCAGCUGAGGGAUUGAGGCUGCUCUGCCUUCCCAUCCUACUGUGUCAGGAGGAGACCCCAAGCCCAAGACCCUAAUGCUAUUACAUCAGAAACGGCUCCUUGGUCUUUUGGGGUUCAGGAAAGCUUCCUGGCACAUUUUUAUUUGUAUUUUCUUAAUUGCUUGGAGCGAUUAACAUUUUGGGGGUUAUUUGUUAUUCAUUUUCAUUUCUUCCUUUGAGAACUCUAUGUUCAGAUCCCAGACCCAUUUUUUUUUGAGCAUUUUUGUUUGUUUGUUUUGUUUUCUGGUAGUGGCAAUUUUUUAAAUCUUUGUAUAUAUUUGAUAUUAAUCCUCUAUCGGAUGUAUAGCAGACAAAGACUCUUUCCCAUUCUGUGGAUUCCCUCUUCACCUAGUUAAUUGUUUCCUAAGCUUUGAAGACCUUUUAUGAAGUCCUGCCUGUCGAUUGUUGGCCUUAAAUCUUGGGCAAAUAAAGUAUGACUCAGAAAUUACUUUGUAUACCUACAUCAUGUAGAAUACUGCCUGUGUUUUCUGUCUGUCUAGUAAUCUGUCUACAUAUCUGUCUGUCUGUCUGUCUGUCUGUCUCUGUCCUUCUCUCUCCCUCCCUCCUCCCCCCUGCUCUGUCUAUCUUUUAAAUAUAGUUUUAGGACUGCCUGUAGAUCUUCUUUGUAAGCCUAGUAGAGUUCUCCUGUGUCUACAUCAAUUAGUUGGAGGGUUUUUAUUAGAAUUUCAAUCUCAAUAUUAUGGGUCUGUUUAUGUUUUUGACUUCUUAGUUUAAUUGUGAUUAUUUGAGUGAAUUUUGAAAAUCAUUUAGUUUCUUUUUUUUUUCAACUAAAUGUAUUUCCUUAUCACAGUCUGAAUUCCUUCCUUGUCUGUCUUAAUAUUUUUCUAUUUAUUUCUGACUCUGUUCAUUUGAAUUUUCUCUUUGUGUUCCUUUUUGAUUAGUUGGGCUACGGGUCUGUCAAUCUUGUUCAUCUUUUCAAAGCAUCAGCUCUUCAUUUGUUAAUUAUUUGUAAUGUUUUCUAUUUCAUUAAUUUCUCUGAUUUGUCUUAUUUCUUGCCAUUAAAUGGGUUUAGAUUUGGUUUCUUUUUCAGAGUUUUGAUUUGGGACACUAUUUGUGCUUUUUCUGAUUUCUUUUUAAUGUAGACAGUUAGCGAUAUAAUUUUACUUGUAGAACUGCUUUCAAUGGAGUUUUUGUUGUGUUUUAGUCACUUAAUUUUAGUAAUUUUUAAAUUUCUUUCUUGACUUCUUUGUUAACCUAUCAACCAUACAGUAAUGCAUUGUUUAAUAUUAGUAACUUGAGUAUAUGAUAGAUUUCUUUGCUGUCUGUUUUAAGUUUUGUACAUUGUAGUUAGAUAGUAUACAUGGAGUUUUUGUAGUCUUUUUGAAUGAGUGCACACAUGUUUUCUGUCUAGGGUAUGGUCUAUUUUAGAGAAGCUUCAAGGUGCUUCUUGUAUAUUUAGACAAGCUUCCAUAUAUAUUCUUUCGUUUGGGGGAAGAAUAUCCUAUAGAUAAUAAUUAAAUCUGCUUGAUGUGUGAUGCCAUUUAAUCAUGAUUUUUUUGGUUGUUAUUUGUGUUGUUCUUAGGUUUUUAUUUUUGUUUCUUUCCAGAUGACCUGUCUAUGACAUAUUUGUAUGAUAGUAUUGUCUUAUUUGUUUACUGUUCUUUUCAUUAAAGUGAAGUAGCCCUCCCUAUUUCUUGAGAUGAGUUUUAAUUUGAAGUGAGUUUUUGUUGUUUGGAUUUGUUUGUUUGUUUGUUUAGAUGUUAGGAUAAUGAUGUCUACUUACUUCUUCUUCCCACUUAUUUACAGUGCUGUCUCCUAUCCUCUUGCUCUAAGGCAGGGCCUAUCUUUAAAGGGAAGAUGUGUUGCAUGUAAACAACAAGUGUGCUUUUUUUUUUUUUUUAAAUUGGAGACUUGACCCUACUGAUAUUUGAAGUUACUAUUGAAUCUUAAUUGUUGCCAUUGUGUUUUUGAUUUUUGGUGGUUGUGUGUGUGUGUGUGUGUGUGUGUGUGUGUGUGUGUGUGUGUGUGUGUGUGUUCCUAUUGCUACUUUGUGCUUUAGUAAUUACAGUUUUAUAUUCGUUUUCCAGUCUCUUGGCUAUCCUUAUUUCUCUCUCCAUCACAAUGCUUCAUGUAUUUUCUUUAGGUUUGGCUUGUUGGAUAUUAAUAUUUUUAGGAUGGUUAUAUCAUGUAAAGUUUUUUCUUCUCCUUAAACUAUGACAGAUAUUUUUUUCUGGGUGUAUUAGUCUAGCACCACUUUCAUGGUCAUUUAUGACUUGGAAUGCAUUGGUGUAGGCUCUUCCAGAUUUCUGCAUUCCCAUUGAGAAAUCAGCUGAUGCAGUUACCUUUAUUCAUGACUGUGUUGUGUUGUCUUUUCUUUUGAAGCUUUAAAUAUACUUUUCAUUUGUUUUGUGUACUUAAGUGUUUUAACAAUGAUAUGACAUGGGGAUUUUUUUUUUUUUUUUUAGCUCUCAUCUGUUUGCUUCUUGGAUAUGUAUGUAUAUUCCUUCCCUUAGUUUGGGGGAAUUUUCUUUUAUGAUCUUGUUGAGAAUCUUGUCUACUUCUCCCACUUCUGUGGCUAUAAUUCAAUGCUUUGGUCUUUUUUUUUUUUUUUUAAUAGUGUCCCACAUUUCUUGUAUGUUUCUUUUUUGGGGUUUUAAAUUUUGUUUUGCUUUUUCAUUUGUUUUUCAUAUUCUGUCCUUUCAUCUAUGUACUCUAUUUUAUCUUUGAGUCCUGAAAUUCUUUUUUUUUUCUUUUUUUUUUUUUUUUUUUUUUUUUUUUUUGGCUUCUUUCUGCUCUACUCAAUUUUCUAGUUGGGUUAUUGGAAUUUUUUAUUCUGUUUUCAUCUCAGCUUCAGUCCUCUGCAAUGUUUCUCCUUAUUGAAUUCAUUUUUCAGUUCCUGUAUAGACUUAAUUGUUUUGAUAAAUCUUCUGUUUAUUUUUUGUUGGUCAUCACUUGGGUAUUUAAUUCUCCUUAAUUUCUUUCUCCUUAAUUUUGUUGAGCUGUUUUUGUAAACUCUUUAAAUUAUUUGAUGAAGUUUACUGAUUACUCCUUUUAAAUUCUGUGUACUAGAAUCCACCUAGGUAAUUCUUCUGGCAAACCUAGGUCUGGUAGGGUUUAGAGGUGAGAUAGUGGCUUGGCUUUUCAUUGUUUCUAUUUUUAAGAUCAGAUCUAGGCAUUUGAACUGCUUUUGUUAGUUGUGUUUCUCAUAUGUACAAAGUGUGCUCUGGAAAAUGGAAGAUAUGGUGGUGCUGCUCUGGCUUAGGUAGAGUGAAGUCAUAGACAGAAGAAACUAGGCUGGUAUGCAGGAUUUUCCUCCUGGUCCAAGUGUUGAGGGUAAAGAUAGAUCUCUUGGUAAAAAGAUUAGGUAUAACAUGGGAGAGGCCUUUGGGUUGGGGAGUAAGCAGGGUGGGCUGGGUCCUAGUAGAACCUUAUAGCUUAUUUGUGGCACAGGAAACAGUAGUCAGGUGAUGCUGAUGUACUAGAUGUGAGAUUCCGGUAAGAUCUGGUAGGUUAGGGAGUAUGUGAAGAGUGAAGAGAGUCAGGAUGCUCCAGGGAUAGACCCUGGAUGCAGCCAUCUCUUUUGACACCACAACCAUCAGAAUAAUAAUUUAGUGAAAACUUUUAUAAUGAAAUUCAUUCAAUUCCAUAUCCACAAUAAGGCAAAAAGCUAUAUAAAGAUUGUGACUAUUAUAGAAACCCUUUAUAAAGUACAUGUUAUACCUUCCAUAAAGGUGGGUUCUAUGAAUUGAUUGAAAAAAAGAAGCUUACAAUAAUGACCUAAGUAUGGAUCCAGUGGGGUAUUCCACCACACAGUGCAAAGGUUACCAGGCUAUUAACUACAUAUGCUCCUAGUCUUCUAGGUGGACAACAGGUUAUGCACCACUUCUUUUGAAGAAAUCAACCUAUGUAUUUAACAUUCCAGGCUCCCCUAGUGCAGUGCUUUUCAAUCUUCCUAAUGCUGUGAUUUUUUUGUAUAGUUCCUCAUGUUGUGGUGAAUCCAUUCAUAUAUUUUCAUUGCUACUUCAUAACUGUAAUUUUGCUACUGUUAUGAAUCAUAAUGUAAAUAUCUGUAUUUUCUGACAGUCUUAGAUGGACACUGUGAAAUGUUCAUUUGACUCCCAAAGGGGUUGUGACCCACAGGUUGAGAACCAUUGUUGUAAUAUAUAUAUUUUGUAAUACAUACAAUGUAAUAGUCUAUUCCUAUAGCUCUUGAUUGUCUUCCAGAGUUGGAAGGUACAUCUCUGUUGGUCAAAACACCAUGUACUUUAGACACAACACCCAGAAGACCCUGAGCUGGAAUUGACUUGAAUAAAUGCCUCCUCCCUGAGGACUUGCUUUUCCUGCUAUCAAAACAAACUUAAAAGGAAGAGAAGCAAUGAGAAGUUGUUAAAAUGCCAGUGAACCACAGUAAUAAUUGAUAUAGCAUUAUAACCCUAAAGGUACAGUAAUGGUACACAUAACAGCCUUCUAAUUGGACUUACGAUGCACUCAACUUUGCUGCUGUUAUGAAUCAUAAUGUAAAUGUUUGUGUUUUCUGAUGCUCUUUGGCCACCCCUAUGUAAGGGUUAUUUGACUCCAAAGGGUUUGUAUUUCACAGGUUGACAAUCACUGCCCUAAUGCUUAUCUGUAAGCACAAAGACUUCUGUGUUUCCUAUACCUGAGGAAGAACUUGUAGCACCUGACUGAGUGAAGAGCUUCAAUCAUCAUACUUUUUAAAUGAAGAUAUUAGUAGAACUUAAAUCACAAAAACAUGCAGCUUCUUUUUUCUUUGUAUUAAGAAAGUUUUCACAUAUUUGCAGUGCAUAAUGAAUUUUACAUUUUUGUGCUGAUUUCUAUAUCAAUUUUUGUUCUUUUUCUCUCAACUAAUGAUUCACGUGUAGUCUUGAAGUCUUGUGAUAUAAUACCUAUACAAUUCCUUGUAUUACCCAGUCUUAUCCUUUUCCACAAAUUUAAAUGAGGUCUUAAUACUAGAAAAGUGUCAUCUGAGAACAGUGAUUAACAAACACACACAUACACACAGAUACAGUUCCCUAGGCAAAAUUUUUAUAGUAUAUACUGUUCAAAGCUCUAAAAGCAUGUGAAGUUCAUGAAAAUUGAAUAGCAAAGAUAAAAAUGAAAAUGGUAUACAUUUGACAAGGAGUAAUAAAGUUAGAUGUUAAGAAGACAGGCUCACACAGUCUCAUACUACAUGAGCAAGUAUAGAGAGGUAAAAAGAAACAUUUUCAUUUAAUUUUAUUUAUCAGUACAUUAAGAGAAUUGUUUCUUUUGGGAUUUUUGUUUGUUUUGGUGUUUUUUGUUUGGUGUUUUUUGUUUUGUUUUUUGGGGUUUUUUGUUUUGUUUUGUUUUGUUUUGUUUUUUUUGUUUCUCGAGACAGUGUUUCUCUUUAUAGCCCUGGUUGUCCUGGAACUCACUCUGUAGACCAGACUGGCCUCAGACUCAGAAAUCCGCCUGCUUCUGCCUCCCAAGUGCUGGGAUUAAGGGCAUGCACCACCACUGCCUGGCUGGUUUGUAAUUUUGUACCAUAAUUGAAAGUUAGGGUUUCUGAGAAAAAGCUUAUUCUGCUAUUUGUUCAUAACCUCCAUUCCCAUAACAAAAGAAUAUGAUGCUGACUUACAGGACAGUAGUUCUCAACUUAUGUUAUGAACUGUUUGAUACUGUUCCUCAUCUUAUGGCGACCACUAGCCAUAAAAUUAUUUUGUUUCUACUUCAUAACUAAUUUUGCUACUAUUACAAAUGUAAAUAUAAUACAAAUAUCUGACAUGCAUACUAUCAUUCAUAUAUGUAUAUGCAUACCAAUGUCGUGACCCACUGGUUGAGAACCACUCUCUAAUUUCAAAGGACAUGUCUAUAAGGGACAGCUCAAGGAGGAUGUGCAAAGUCAUAGCUAUCAUUAAGUCCUUGCCUGCCAUUAAGGCCCCCAUACUUUUACCAGUAAAACCAUAGUUCUGCCACGAAGAUGAACUGAGGUAACUACUUAAAAAGAUUAAAUAAAUAACACCACUGUACUUAAAUUAUUCUGACAAUAUAUUUGCUGUGUAAAUCCAUCAUGUGCUCAAGGGGUAGACUUGAUGGUUUCCUGUCUCAAAUUGUUCUGAGUGUAAUGUGGAGUAUAGUGGUUUUGGAAGAAAAAUAACCUUAAGACCUAUAUAAGCGUGUUUAAAUUGGGGAGGGCAGCCUCAAUCUGAGGCUGCUUCCAUUCUGUGUCAGGCAGAAGCAGUUGUGCCCUAUUAAAGAGUUUUUGCUUUACUGA